AUGAUGGAGGCUGGUGUGAAUCCGCAAGCCCAUACCCUAGCAGAUGCCCACCUCACCAAGAAGCUGCUAGACCUUGUUCAGCAGUCCUGUAACUACAAGCAGCUUCGGAAAGGAGCCAAUGAAACUACCAAAACCCUCAAUGGGGGCAUCUCUGAGUUCAUUUUGAUUGCAGCAAACGCUGAGCCCUUGGAAAUCAUCCUGCACCUCCCAUUACAGUGUGAAGACAAGAAUGUCCCCUGUGUAUUUGUGCACUCCAAGCAGGCCCUAGGACGGGCCUGUGGGGUAUCCAGACCUGUCAUCACCUGUUCUGUUACCAUCAAAGAAGGCUUCAGCUAAAGCAGAAGAUCCAGUCCAUUCAGCAGUCCAUUGAAAGGCUCUUGGUGUAGGCCUCUGCCCUUUCCUGUCUGUGCCCAUCCUACUUGUGUAUCAUGUUGUCUGUUAGCAUGUAGUGUUUUCAGCCAGUUUCUAUUAUAAAUAUUGUACUACAUCUGG